AUGGAGAAUAAUACUUCAAGUAAUAUAUUAUCUCCAGUACAUAGUAUUGGUUAUAUUAUAGAUAAGGUGCCAUUUAUAAUAGAGAAGUUAGGUACCGAAUACUUUGUUAUAGUUUCUAUAGGCUAUUACUAUCAAGUAUAUGACCUUGACCAUCUCAGAAUUAAGUAUAUAUCUGUAAGAAUGCCGGAGCCUAUUGAAAAUAUGACAGUCCAUUAUGAAGUUGUGUAUAUUUCAAUGGGAAGAAGUAUUCAGGGUUACCAUAGAUUUCAAAAGGUCAUUGAUUUACCUAAUUUACAUAAGACAAAUAUAGUUGGAAUGUUUAUAUUGGGAGAUUAUCUUAUAUCUUGGGAUAAAUCUAUUGUGGUAGUAACUGAUAUAAAGAAUAAAUGCACAAUCACUGAAAUACAGAUAGAUAUUGAUAUAUCUUCUAAUAUAGUUACAGUGCUACACCCAAUUUCUUAUCUUAACAAAAUUUUGAUCGUACAUUCUAAAGGUUGUGAAUUAUGGAAUAUCCGUACUAACAAAAGAAUUCAUAUUUUUGCUUCAUUAGACUCAGCAAUACUUAAUUCCAGCUCUAGUGUACUACGAAACUCUACUAUUCACAAUCUUUCAAUUAACUUUUCAACUGCAACAUGUAGCAAUCAUCCAGAUAUUAUAGGAAUAGGAACUAAGUGUGGCAGAAUAUUGGUUUUGGAUCUUGUAAAUGACAUUGUACUAUCUCAAUUUCAGCAUAGUCCAGAACAGGGAAGUGUAACAACUCUCAGUUUUCAGACUGAUAAACCGUAUCUUGUUUCAGGUUGUGAGAAUGGAGAUGUUGUUUUAUGGGAUUUAGAGAAAACAAAGGUAGUACAUAUAAUAGAAUCAGUACAUGAAUCUCAAGUUGCACAUGUAUCUUUUGUUCCAGGCAUGCCAAUAUUUAUAACAUCUGGUCAUGAUAAUUCACUAGUGCAAUAUAUAUUAGAUGGUGUAAAUUUAACCCCGAGGGAGCUUCGAUCUAGAAGAGGUCAUUCUAAUCCUAUAACUUGGAUGUCUUUUUAUAAUGCCUUACCAGAGAAGGGAAGGGAUAUUCUUUGUGCUAGCAAUUCACAUACAUGUGGGUACCUAGGCAAGAUUUCAAGAAUUCAACAACAUCAAAAUAGGAUAUUUUCACAAAAUGCUCUUAAGAAGAAAUUUAAUGAAUCAUGUUUCCUACCCUUUAAACGUCUUCCACCUAUUGUUGAUGUUGCAUCUGCAGCUUCUAGACACUAUGAUUGGGCUAAUAUCGUCUCUGUACAUGAAAAGAUGCAUCAAGUAUUUGUAUGGAGUGGACAUAGCUCAGUCUUAAUUCCAAGAUAUCUUACUUUAGAGAAAUAUCUGAAAAGUAGAAAUAAGAAUGAGAAAAGUCAUUUACUAAACUCUUCUAUAACAUCUCAUGCCGUUACAACUUCUAAACGCCUCUUACCAAUAGCUAAGGCUGUAGGGGUAACUGAAUGUGGCAAUUAUGCAGUUGUUGGAUAUUCUGAUGGAACAAUUCAUAGAUUUAAUUUACAAUCUGGACUACAUUCCGGAGAAUUUGUUAAUAAAAAUGAAACACCUAGAUCAAUUUUAGCAAUUCAUAUAUCUAAAUCUACACUUUUAUUAAGUGUAGAACACGAUGAAUUUAAUUAUUAUCUCUCAAUUUGGUCUAUAAAACCAAUCAAGCACCUAAAUACAUCUACUAUUGGGGAAUUAAAGAAUAAUAGUCAUAGCGAACCUUUUGUAUCUCGUCUAUGGGGAGUUUUCAUAGGAUUUGGUUUUAGUAAUGGUAGAGUUAUACUUUAUGAUUACCAGUCACAAAUUAUAUCACGUGAAUUUAAAUGUACUGAAAGUAGUAUUACUGACUUGACGAUGUCAACAGAUGGCCGUUGGCUUGUGAUUUCAUCUACAAACAGUGAAAUGUUUAUUUUUGAUAUAAUUUCAUCAUCUUUACUAGAUUGGAUUAAAUUUAAAUCACCUGUAAUUCGUUGCAUAUUUGAUGAUUCAAAUACAUUUCUAGUUACAUCUCACUCUCACUCUAAUGGAUCAUUAUCUAUUUGGGCCAACAAACUCGCUUUGACUCUUAAUACUUCAUCAGAUGGGCUACCCAAGCAACCCACUAAACCAAUACUUAUUGAGGAUCCACCUAAUAACUUUAUUUCCGAUAUAGAAGCUAAUGAAAGACCUUCACAAGAUAAUGAGAGUGGUAUCCCAGAUUGCAUGCAGACAGAUCCUACUACAUCUCUAAUUCAUAAUACAGGUAACGAAAAAGUAGAUAUAGCAGAAAAAAAAUUAAAAUCAGAGUUAAUUGAAUUAUCAGGACUUCCAAUUGCAACAAUACAAAGCCUUUUAUAUUUAGAUGUUAUCAAUGAGAGAAAUAAGCCUGUAGAACCUCCUAAAAAACCCGAAGAUGCUCCUUUCUUUUUGCCUAGUAUGACAGAUUCGAAAUUUGAUGAUUAUGGUAACGUAGAUGAAAUAGAACAUAAAAAAUCUCAAAGUAAAAUCAAUUAUAGUAAGGAAACAAAUAAUAAUAAGCCAGUCUUAGAAUCAGGAUUUAAAUCUGAGCUGCAAAUUUUAUUAUCUAGUAUUGCAUAUAUUGAAUCAAAUAAAGAUGAAAGUGAAGACAUUAUUAGUAAGAUCACAAAGCUUCUGAAAUCCAAAUCUCCUUCAGGUGUUCAUCUCUUAAUAAAGCAAUUAGGACCUCUUAGUGGAGGAGAUAUUGAGGAAAUUGUGAAUAUGGCUUGUUAUUUUGAAUAUGCCAUUUCACUUAAAACAGAUGCCGAUUUAUUACAAGCAUAUCUACACAUAUUCUUAGAAAAUCACUCAGAUGUUAUACUUGAGAAUAUCGAACACCAUGAUAGACUUGGAAGAAUCAUUGAAAGCUUGAAUAAGUCAACUUCCGCAGAUUGGGCGAAACUACAAAACUACUUGCAAGAUAUAUCUUGCUUUCUGAAAUUUGCAACUAAUAUACAGAUGGACUAG